AAGAAGUAUUUACAUUGUGACGAGAUUAAACAUCAAUCCGUUCGUUUAACUUGAGCAAUACGUUUGUUUAUUCGCCUGGGGAGGGGAAGUACGAAGGAGAUCCGGAAAUCACCGAUCGAUCCGUUUCAAAACAGAAGCAAACGACGGCGUACAUUCGUACAUCAUCGUUCGCUGGUGAAGAUAAUGAAAUGCACGGCGACGAAAUGGGUGGACGCGUGCGUCUGUGUGCGUAACGCUGCUCGCUUACUCGUUUAUAUAAUGCCAGACCCGGGAAAGUGAGACACCAUUGAAUCGUCGACCGUCAAACAGGCACGCGUUUCUGUCCGAUUCGAACGACAUGAAACUCCGCAUAUCCGUCCUUCUCGUCGCCCUCGUGGCCAUUCUUCUGCACUCUGCCGAAUACACGACAGCAAACAGCAUAUGUCCCCAAGAGAAUUGCCUCGAUUCGACAAAGUGCGAGCAUUUUGUGGUGGGCGCUACGUGUCCACGAUCGAGUGACACGUGUUGCAGCAUUGUGAAAUCGGAACACAGAACCCAUUGCCACCACUUCGCGGGCGAGUGCAUGGACACCUGCACCCUGUCUCUGCGUCACGCGGUCGUCGAUUGUCCAUCGGACAAAGUGUGUUGCACGUUGGUUUAAUCCGUGAAGAGAGGAAGAAAAAAACGAGAGGUCAGCAUCCGAACAAUAGCGUUAAUGUAACACCGAUUACUCGAGUCUCGACAUCCGGCCGAUCUAUGAAUGUACGAAUCAUCUGUUCGCAGCACACGGUAGAAAAGCGAGUUUUAAUCGAUUUUACAACAGCGACGAAUGGUUGGCGCGCGCGUGUGGACUGUAGCGCGUCACGAAAAAUGGCGUGCGCCGCUUGAUAAUUGUGAACACGUUGCGACACAAGCGAGUGAAAUUAGUGCGAAUGUGAAAAGUUCCGCGAAUAUGCACUUGCUCCGUUCGUUUCCAGUGAAAAUGAGAAAAUGUAGUAGUUAGAAGGGUGUUCGUUUUAACGAAGCAUGCGUGUUUGAGUGUGGAAAUUUGAACGAUCGAUGAUUUUAUAUGUUAUUAAACAAUUUUCUCUUCAAUGUUCUUGCAUUAUUCUUAGUAGUCGAUGAUCUAUGAACGAUAUAUCUUUAAUUGGGUAGUUUUCUCUUUUUAUCAAACUUACGAGACACUAGAAGAAACUAGUCGAACGAUAUUCAAAUAAUUUUGAGACGAUCAAUUGUCGUAUAUAAUACAAUUCGAAAUUAAUCGAUAAUUAAUUUCUAGAAAAAGAAGAAGAUUAACCUCUUUCCAUCCCUUUCGCAAUCAAUCGAUCAAUUAAAUUAAAUUAAAUCUUUCUCAAAUAAAUAAGUAGCGAAUAAUUCGAGUAGAAGAGAAGGAAGAAUAGGAAGAAAUAAGAAGUGGAUGUGGAAGAGGGAGAGAAGAGGGGGGCACGUAUCGCCGCGGGCAAUGCAGGACGGUUUGACGGUGAGGGAACGCACGCACGGAAGAUUUAGCGUCGUGUUGGUCAGCCCUGGAGGGUCACUCGAAGAAUCGUGGCGCGCGAGAGAGAAAGGGGAACAGCUCGAGGCUCCCUCUAUCGUCGGCCAUCUCUCGCCGAGAUGUAAGAGAGCGCGGGACGGUGACGCAUUCGUCAAUGCGAAUUACGAACGUGUUGUAAAGCGUUAGCUCGAGACGAGAGUAACGAGCGAGCGAGGGAUAUAUCGCUCGGAUUCUUCGCGCACGCGGGGAGGAGAAGAGGGAAGCGAGAGAAGGAAGAGAUACCUUGCCCGAGGCCAGACACGAGGAACAUGUGACACUAAAUAUAGAAACACGCCACGGAGGAAUUCUUCGAAAGGUAACGAAACAAACAUUCUCGUUUCGACAAGAAAUACUAAAUAACACGUGACGUGAUCGCUGGCUCGGUCAAAAGCAACUUUCCUGAUAGAUGAUAGAAGACGCUUACGAUAUUUAAAUCGAAAUAAACGAUCUCCUUCUUA